AUGAUCAAAGAGCUCCCCGUGCGGCCCGCCGCUGAAGCGCAGGCCAAAAACGCAUCUGAAGCUGCCGCUGCCCCUCCAAAAGAUGCGAAUGCCAAAUCCAAGCAGGCCCCGAGCCCCGAUACCCUUCCCGAGUUCAUGAUCGAGCGAAACAAGCUCUUCGAGGAACUCUGGCAACAAUAUCUGGAGGAGACCAAGACCCGUCCCCACCCAGAGAUCAACGUUACCCUUGACAUUGGCGACGGCAACCCCCCCCUCCUCGCCUUCGAGACCACUCCUGGAUCUUUCCUCCGCGAUGUUCCCAAGGACCUAAGUGCCAAUAUUGUUAUUGCCAAGGUUGAUGGAGAACUGUGGGAUUUGAACCGACCUCUAGAGAAGGACUGCAGUGUGCUUCUUGUGCCCUUCAGCAACCCAGAGGCCCGCGAAGUUUUCUUCCAUUCGUCCGCCCAUGUCUUGGGCGAAAGCACAGAAUGCGAGUACGGAUGUCUUCUUUCCCACGGUCCGCCUACCCCUCAGGGUUUCUUCUACGAUAUGGCCAUGCCGGACGGACGGGUUGUCCGUGAAGCCGACUGGAAAGCGCUUGACACCAGGGCGUCGCGUAUCUUCAAGGAGAAGCAAAGCUUCGACCGAUUGGAGGUUUCCAAGGAGAACCUCAAAAAGAUGUUCGCAUACAGCAAAUACAAGCUGCACUAUAUUGACAAGCUCGUCACCGGCGAAAGCAGCACCGUCUAUCGUAACGGUACCCUUGUCGAUCUCUGCCGAGGCCCUCAUAUUCAGAACACUGGCAAGAUCAAGGCCUUCAAGAUCAUGCAGAACUCAUCGGCCUACUUCCUUGGCGACCAGUCCAACGACUCUCUGCAGCGUAUUCGCGGUGUUGCCUUCCCAGACAAGAAGCUAAUGGCUGAGCACUUGAAAUUCUUGGAAGAAGCCGAGAAGCGGAACCACCUGAGAAUCGGCAAGGAGCAAGAGCUGUUCUUCUUCGAUGAGGUGUCCCCCGGCUGCCCAUUCCUCCUCCCCAACGGAACCAAGAUCUACAACCAGAUCCAGUCUCUUCUGCGUACUGAAUACCGCAAGCGAGGCUACCAGGAGGUCCAGACCCCCAACAUGUACGAUGUUGGUAUCUGGAAGACCUCCGGACACUGGGAGCACUACAAGGAUGAUAUGUUCAAGCUGGAUGUCGAGAAACGUGAGUGGGCUCUUAAGCCCAUGAACUGCCCUGGGCACUUCAUUAUGUUCGGCCAUCGUGAACGUAGUUACCGCGAGCUUCCUAUGCGUAUUGCAGACUUCGGUGCCCUGCACCGCAAUGAGGCUUCGGGUGCCCUGAGUGGUCUAACACGCGUACGUCGUUUCCAUCAAGACGAUUCCCAUGUAAUAUGUGACAAGUUGUCUAUUAUGUCUGAAGUUGAGGGCCUGUUCGACUUCUUGCAGUCCAUAUAUGGGCUGUUUGGCUUCACCUUCAAGUUGAAGCUGUCCACCCGCCCCGAGAAGUACAUGGGCGCGUUGGAGACCUGGGACCACGCCGAGGACCAGCUCAAGAAGGCCUUGACCAAGUUUAAGGGUGAUGAUUGGACCAUUAAUGAGGGUGACGGUGCCUUCUACGGACCCAAGAUCGACAUCACUAUUGCCGAUGCCCUCCAGCGUGAGUUCCAGUGCGCCACCAUUCAACUCGAUUACCAGGCCCCGAUCAACUUCAAAAUGGAGUACAUGACCAAAGAGCAGAGCCAGACGGAGCAGCCCAAGGAGGGUGAGACCAGGGGCGACGAGCUUGCCCCCGGCCGUGCUCGUCCUGUUGUCAUCCACCGUGCUAUCAUUGGCAGUUUCGAGCGAUUCCUGGGCAUCUUGAUCGAGCACUUCGGUGGCAAGUGGCCCUUCUGGAUCAGCCCUCGCCAGAUCCUCAUUGUUCCAGUUAUGCCUGCCGUGAAUGACUACGCCGAGGAGCUACAGAAGAUCUUGCAGGGUGACAAGCUGAGUGUCGAUAUCGAUAUCAGCGGUAACACCAUGCAGAAGAAGAUUCGCACUGGCCAGCUGGCUCAGUACAACUUCAUCUUCGUUGUCGGCGCAUCGGAGCGUGAAACGAGGUCUGUCAACGUCCGCAACCGCGAUGAUCCUGCCACUCAGAAGCAGGGCGUGAUGGUGCCCCUUGAGGAGGUGCGGAUCAAGCUCAAGGCUCUGCGCAAGGAGCGUCGGUUGGAGAACGCUCUGUAG